UAUGUUAUGUGCGUUAUACUGUCGCAUUGUAAUAGAUGGCUUGGGUAUGACACCGGAAGACCUGGGGUAUGACAAUCCGUUUUUGAUCGCGUCAGUAUCCCCUCUUCCUUCCCGUUCAAACGCCUGCCAUGCAGCUAGGUGCUGUGAUUAACAGUCCUAUUCAGAGGGUCUCUAGCCUGCGAAUAUCGCUCACCAUCGCUAGCGACGUUUCUUCUCUCACUUGCGAAACGUCACUGGAGGCUGUAUUCGGAGGCUAAAGGGGUUUCCAAUAGGGUUCUUCAAUCCCGUCAUCCCGACCUCAGUUAUUUUCAUGCAAUCCCGUAUCCCGCAUGAUCCCUUGUAAAAUUUCAAUCCCGAAUUCGCCCCCGUUUUGCUUUCAAAUCCCGAAUCCCGGCGUUCAUAAAGGGCAAAUCCUGCAUCCCGUGUAUACUUCAGGGGCACCCAACGUCAAUUUUCGGAAAAUAUCUGUUCGGAAGACAAGUAGAGAUCGAAAAGUUAAGUUUUGAUGCCUAUAAUUUUCGGAUCACUAUACGUUCAGUAGACUUUCAAAAAAGUCCUUCGUCGGAUUUCAUAUGGCGCGGGACCUCUCGCGACUUCGUUGCUCGCUGUCGGCCGCUUCGCGGCCAAACAAGGCACGCUCCGCUGGCCAAGAGAUCGACUUGUAGCAAGUCUAUACGUUCAGCUAGGAAAUCCGAACAGAUGAAAACUUUUUAGGAGAUAAAAAUAUGCCAGCUAUAUCUACAGUUUAAAAAAUAAAAUACGUUUAACAAUGCUAUCUUUAAGUGGUUUUGAACUAUAUUCGUUGGGUGCCCCUGAUACUUUCAAUCCCGGUCGCCAUUUUGCUUUAAAACCUCGAAUCUAGGCGUUCAAAUAAGGAAACUUCCGAACCUUGAAAAAUCUAUUUUCAGGACUACACUCAACCGGACGAUCAUACUUCACCUACCUACAAUAACUAAUAAUUCCCCUAUAAUUUAUCUACAGAAAACGUUCCCCACUGAUUGUCUGGAGGUUAAUGGGACCUUGAAUGUUCUACUUGCUGUUAAUGGGACCGAUCGCCAGUAUUACUAUGACUUUGAUGACGGAACUAACCUGACAUCAAGUGUAUCCAUAGCCAACCAUUCCUACAGUACUCACGGUGCUUAUGUUCUGAACCUUACCGCAUUCAACGAUGUUAGCAGUGCUAUUAACAGUACCAGCGUGAAAGUCUGCAAACCUGAGAUUCCAAUUGUCACGCUAGAAGUCACGACAUCUCCAACCAACAUCAGUGAUCCUGUCGAGUUCAGCAUGACCAUGGCGGAAGGCUCCGAUUUUGCAUGUUUCUUUGACUUUGGCGAUAACAACUUUGAAUUCUUCGCAAAGGAAUGCUACAAUUUGACGUAUUUUGCAGACGGUGUGAACACGGAGAAGGCUCCUUUCAGGAAUUUGGUGUUCAAAGUCUCACACAAUUACUCGAAUGUUGGAAGAUACGACGUUUAUGUGAACUGUUCUAACAGGCUGAGUAUGGCGAACUUCAGCUUAUUUGCAAUAGUGCAAAAGCCGAUAGAAGAUCUUGAACUCCCUGAAAUUCCGCCGAAGAUCCUUGGAAAAAAUUUUCCGGUCAUUUGGACCAUGACCAACGGCACAAACGUAACAUUUUCUUUACAGAUUCACGGAACACCCUACAUUUAUUCUUCCUUCAAAACCGACAUUGGAGAUAGCCCAUUUGUUACCGUUAGUUUAAAUGGAGUUUUCCCUGUUACGCUUCAAGCUAAGAAUCUGGUGUCAGAGGUGAAUCGAUCAAUCAUUCUCAUUGUCCAGGAUGACGUUACAUACGUGGCAUUCGACACCUUCACAACAGUUAGUGAUUUUGGCUCUAAUAUUCACGGGUUUGGACCCGACAAAAACAUAUUUCCCUGUGAACACAAAGUCAACUUUACAGCUACGCCCGACAAAGGCUUCAACCUCACGUUCUGGUGGAAGUUUGAUGACGGCACAGAGAAAAACACCACCACCUCCUCCACCACUCAUCAGUUUGCCGAAGGUGAGAAGGAGUACUGGACCAACGUGACAGUUUUUAACCUGGUAAGCCGCGUGACAAAGGUGUUUCCGGUUAAAACGGAAAGAAGCGCGAUGGGCCUGGCGAUUACAGACAAUAGCCCGGUAAAGAUCAAUAGUACGACGGAUUUUGAACUGAGCUUCUUGAAAUAUGGCACAAGGACAUGCAUUACGAUGGAUAUGGGUGAUGGACUUGGGGUUUUUGUGUUUGGACGAAGUCAUUGUCGGAGUAAUUUUCCCGGCUAUGAGUAUCAACAUUCUAAUGAAAGUGUACUGAUUAUUACUCAUCGCUAUAUCUAUAAAACUGUUGGUGAUUUUCGGGUAAAAGUCGUCGCCAACAAUACCGUUUCACGUGAGGAAAAGGAGUUUAAGUCAGUCACGUUAAAAUUGGCAUGCUAUUAUCCUAACGCUUCCAUAGUGGGUGAGUUUCAUAUUUUGCUUUCUUUUACGUGCUACUCCAAUUUAUAAAAUAACCAAGAUAGUACGCGCGCUUUGAUUGGCCGAGAGGAGUGUUUGCAUGAGAGUAUGUAAACAUUGUUGUAGCGUCAAGAUGUUUUGCUUUUCGCGCGCAAAUCACGCAAACACGAAUUUGAAAACGUUUUCGAGUUCAAAACUCAACAAGUUUACUUUAUUUACCCAUUCCUUCGUCGGCUGAAACUUGGAAAAUGGUUACAAAGAAGCAUCCUCGGAGACCCAGGGGCAGAUAGUGGGGACGCGGGAAAGUCUAAACGGGCGGAAAAAUAUGGCACGAAGAAAAGUAAAGAACGGCGAGAAGAGCCCCUGGGGACAAUGUCUUACCAGACCAGUUCCAAACGGUCGCCGCCGUUCUGGCUUCUGAUUGGUGCCAGAAAACUUGUGUUUUUCUGUUUUUUCUGUUCUUUACUUUUCUUCGUACCAUAUUUUUCCGCCCGUUUAGACUUUCCCUCGCCCCCUUUAUCUGCCCCUGGGUCUCCGAGGAUGAUAAAGAAGGCGUGUCGUUUCUUUUUUCGCUUAAGCUGACAUUUUAAGCGAGAAAAGUCCGUAUUUUGGAAAGCAUCUUUUUGCAAAACAAGAACUGAUUACGCGUGCAAGACUUCGUGGACAAGACUUUGCCACUGGUAAGAACUUCUCUUUUAAUCAGUGCCAUACAAAGAGUUUUGCGUUUUUUUCGCGAGCAAGUUGUUUUGUAAAAGCAAUAGAAAAAAUUUUUCCUGUGUUUGCAUCGCCUGAUAUAAACACGCGAGGCGUUGGGAGAAUUCUCGACAGUUAUGCAAACCCUCGACUUCAUCUUGGGUUUGCAUAACUGUCUCUAAUUCUCCCAACCCCUCUCGUGUUUAUAUCAGGCUAUGCAAACGCGGAAAACGUUUUCUAUUGCUUAAGUAAGGGAGCUUAAAUAUUAAAGCACGGCGUUUUUGCUUGACGGACAUCUACCGGAAGUGACGCCUUUUUCCCUUUUAAACUCAACCCUGUCACAUUUGUACUGCUUACUGUCUUCACUCACAGAGACGAUCUGUCCGAAAAUUUGGGCAAAACCGCUGCUCAAAAAUAGAAGACCGUAAGUAUACUUCCGGUUGCCGUCCUUUGCUUGAGCUCACUGAUGUACAAUAUACAGUAUACAAUGUAUUAUUCCUAAUGAUCCUAUUUGGAAAGCACAGUGCUUAAUUCUCUUUGCAUUUAGCCUUCAUAAAUCCCAGGUCGGAUUGUGCGGCUGGAACCCUUUCACUGUACCAGGCCCAUGUCCACCUGCCAUUUUGCUGCCCUUUUCUAGGAAACAAAACUUCCCACCCUAUCUAUCCCAGGCAACUCAUGAACCAGAAUAUAACAUUCAAUAAAGCAGCGGACAUUACGUUUAGAAGAACGCUUAGAGCCAGUCCCAAGGGUGACCGUCUUAGAGCUGCAAGAGAGUUGACUUUAGCUACAAUUUAAGUCAAUAAUCUCUCUCACUGAUUAUGGCUUUCUGAUAAUUGAUUUUCAAGAAAAUUGACGUAGUUUUUCUCUCUGUUUUCUUUAGAUGUAGGUGCAAACGUGAGCUACGCAACAAAGAUGAAACGUUCAGAAUCUGUUUUAAUCAAUACUGAUAAUGAGAUUGAUUGCGAGGCUUCAAAAACCACAACCUUUCUCUGGGAAGUUUACAAGAUCUCUAAAGACCCAGUCACGUAUCAACAGCAAGCGGAGAAAGCAGUAAACAUAGAAACCAAUGACCAGUCUUAUUUGAAAUUAGCAGCAACCUCCAUGGAAUUUGGCUUUUACAAACUUAACUUUACGAUCAUUAUGGACGGUAUUGCUGGAGUCUCGGGGUCAGCGGUUGCUUUUAUACAUGUCGUGGCUACCCAAGAUUCCUUGCAGGCUUCUAUAGGAGGAGGGCUAAAAAGACGCGCCAAGUAUGGAAGUACUGUAAGUUUUUUUUAAAGUUUUAUUCUCUAAGCUCAUAAGCUAACCCAACGCCUGGUUAGCUCAGUUGAGAGAACGCCGGUCUGCUGAGCGGGAGGUCGAUGGUUCAAACCCCAGCCUGACCAGCACUCAAGGUCUUUCAAUAAUUGAGAAGAAAGUGCUGCCUUUGUAAUGACGUCUGCUAACGGUUAUACCUUCUAGUCUUCUCGGAUAAGGACGAAAAACCGUAGGUCCCGUCUCUGUUCUUGUGGGACAAAAGCCCACUUGUUCCAAAAGUAUCUGGUUUUUCCUGGUUUGGGACGGUUAAAAGAACCCACACCACUGUUCGAAAAGGUGAGCAAGUAUACAUUUUGGUCGCCAGGGGCGGCUUGGACGUUCAACUCGUAUUGAUCGUAGACCCUGGACGAAAAGUGGAAAAUGUCCAACCUUUCCUGGUUUGGGUUUACGGGUUAUCCGACCAAGGUCGCCAGAGAUUUUAAUCGCAUAGGGACCAACUUCACCCUGAUCCUCCCUUUUAGUGUCAUAAUGGCUACCUGUAAACAGUGUAUGCAUUGUAUGUGUAUGUAUUAGAACUCCUUUUUUGGUGUUUUCUUUACUUUUCAGUGGCAAAGCCCCACUAGAACUGCCGUCCUUAAUGCGUCUCUUUAAAGUUAAUCGAUCUAUGACAAUUUCCUCUCUCUUCGUUAAAACAAACUCUGUCUUGCAAAGUAAUAUCUGAAAUCAUAUUAACCCGGAAGCAUUUGAAAAACAACAACAAAAAUCACAGUAUCUGCAUUCUCCAUUUCCUUCCAUCAGUAUAUUCUUUUGUGUGUCUGUUUCAACCUUCUUUGGCCGUUUUACGCAGCUGUUUUUUACAGGAGUUUUUGAUAGUUAGUUUCUGUCACUAAAUUUAGUCUGAAUUGCGGAAGCAAUAGCUCCAUUUAGUAAUCUAUACUGACGUUUACCUACCUCAUGUAGAUAUCCUUGGACGCCAGGUCCUCUAAAGACCCGGACUAUGCAGACAUUAACCAAGCGACUCCACAGUACCAUUGGCUUUGUCGUAAUUCAUCAGAGCGUCCAUUUAACACAAGUGGAAAUAUCUCUGACAUUCCACUUGUGCCUAUACCGGACCUAAAUACGGACUACAGCAACCAAAAUGCUUCUGAGGUAAUAUAAAGUCAUCCAUCGUUAACAACCAUUAACUGAAAGAGUCAUUUUAGCCAACUCGUUAAUGAUGAGAAUAAUGGCAAAAGGUACGGUCGUUCAAGAAAAUUAAUUUGAUUUAAAAUGUUUGAAUUGAUUUGAAUGUGUGCUUUCGUGUCAUUUUUUUUCAUUGUUUACUAUUCUUCACCGAAUCGAGGCGUGUAUUCUUAUUUUCGCGAGACACAAUUUUUUGGAAUCCCGUGAUGCCAUGUUUUUUUUUCCAAAGUAGCUUGUUUCGAAAGAAAUUCAAAUCAAUCUCUCUAGUACGCGUCAAUGAAAUCAUGUUAUAAACAAAGGAACUAGUGUUGUUGAUAGUUUAGUUUGUGCCAAAAAUGAUCUCGAAGAAAAGGCUUAACAAUAUGUUGUAAGAUCUUCAGUUAAAUGUUGCUAUACAAGCAUACUCUCAGGCUUAGAAUUUGUUGGCUUAACCUACCCUGAGAGCAGAGGCUUCUCUGUUGCAUGGCUUCUAGCGUUUACGAAGUCGUUCGCUUGGCUUGUCUGUCGCAUAGUUGGUUUGUUUACGUCCCGUGAAACAAACGAACUACGUGACAUACAAGCCACGCGAACGACUUAGUAAACGCUAAGAAGCCAUGCAACAGAGAAACCUCUGCUCGCACGGUAGGCAUAACCCUCAACCCAACUUAACCACCUUUAGAGUAAUUGGACUCAGGUAACGCGAGUUCAGAGCAAGGAACAUUGAAAUAGUAGGUAGAAAUGCCAAUCACAGUGGUAGGCUAAGGGGAACAAUUUCUUUUCCAGUUUAAAUCAACUACCAACUACUGCCCGUCCCCCUCUCCCCCUCUCCAAUGUUAAAUGGUCGCCUCCUGAGUAUCAACACUACGGUGAAAUCAGUCCACGGCAUCAAAUAAGUUGCCCUUUAUCCCUGCAAAGCGUGACUCAUUGAUUCUUUGUUUUGCUGAUUCCAAUUGGUUGGUUUGAUUUGUUUUAGAAUCUGGGAGGCUGCUUUGGCACAGGUCCCGGUCGGCUUAACUUGACAGGGCCUCUUGUGCAGAUUGAUUCACGACGUGGAAUGGCAGAAAACUCUACGUACGUAUCAACAUGACCAUUAAACUGCGACCUAGCGUUCUAGUUUUUUUUUGUUUUUCGAACAACUGACAUUACAUUUGUUACAAAAAAGCUGAGUAAAAUUCAAUACAUCAUGAAAUUUUUAAGGCAAAAAAUUUCCUGACAAAAAUGGUUACCCAGAAAACGCGCGUCUUGUGUACUGUCACAAAGUUAUGAACAAAAAUAUGUCACAAAAAAAUUCUAGAUGAGAAACUACGAGUAAUAGUAUAUUAUGAACUGCGUUCAGAGAAUUGGCGUUGAUACAGGGAACAUAAAUAGACCCAAAAGUAUUGCUGCUCAAUAUUCCGUCCUCAGUAUUUGUUUUUAGGAUUUUCUCAAAACAGGCAGUAGUUUCUAUAAUACCACACGGUUGAUGCUGCUCCUGCGACGGGACUAUAGGUCGUACACAUUAGCUAGUGCCUAGGCACCUACAGGAAAUGGUAGAGUUCGUAUAUGAGUUACGAAAACCGGCCAUUUUGCUGCGACAUGGUAACACUGGCUUGCCACUUAUUUCAGCUUCAUCCAGUUACUUUUUAGACGAAUAAGUUAUCAACCGCAAGCGAUGCGUUUGAUCGAAGAUUUUCGUUAAUUUCAGUUUUCUUCCCAAGCGUUUUAAGGAUGGUAUAUUUAAACGUUCUGUGUCAGUAAAAUUUGCAUCACGGUCACCAUUGAACCUGUUCGUCUAGAGCUGAAAACCAUUUGUUAACGUAUUGACAAUUUUCUUCAGCUCGCUUUAUACAUUUUUGACCCCAUGUACUUUGAUUUACAUUACAGAUACAUCAUUACGCUUGUUCUCUAUACCCAUAAUCCCUUCUUUACAAAAAAAGCUGUCUUCAAUCAAAAGCUGGAACUUGUUUUAGGGGACCCCCUAGCUGAAAGUGAAAAUUAUAGUUUUACCUUUUUCGAAAAUUUGAGCCAGAAAAAGGCUCCCGAAAAUUCUAAGUGACCUUUUUAGGGUAAAAAUCCGUUAAAAAUGGGCAAUUAUACGAUUUUUUUUGAAGUUCGAAAAUCCGAGGAGAGGCAAAAAGAAAUUUUUCAGCCUCAAAUUUUGCCUCAAAUUUUCAGACUUUUAGCGUUAAGAUUUGUUGGUAAAAAUUGUUUCCUAUAAUAUAGAUUUUCUGACCAUUUUCAACGUGACAACUUAUUCUUUUCCUUAAGGAAAAAAAAUACGAAUAAAAUUAGUUCCCACGACUUCAUUUCGCAUGCAAAAUUGUGAUUAUAAUACCGAGUUAUCUUAGUUUUAUUCCCAUCAUAUCAACGGGUAAAGGGAUCACAUGGAGCCAGCAGGGGUCGGUGAUUCCUUGAAUGCUUUAAUUUAUGACAAUGGAAGGACCUUCUCUUAAAGACCCCUCUUUAUUAUUUUUCAAGAACCUUUCAAGCUCAGUAAAAAUCUAAAUAUUUUGCUCUAUUUAUAGGGACCGCCAUGAAAAUAAGGCCCAACGCACGCGAACAUCUAUGUCACUUCCACGAAUUAUUGCGACAAUUAUUGUCUAAAUUGAUUUUCUCGGACUCUUCGUUAUGUAACAAAUGUGGAAAGAAAAGAUCGCACUUUCAGUAUUAUAGAUAGCAGAAAAUUUUCGCUGCUCCUUCUGUUCAUUCUUUUUUUCUCCCUAAAUUUCACGCUUUAGUGAGGGGAGUACACGCGCGAGCGAGCCGUGGUCAUUUUCGUGUCUAGCGCUUUUCGCUCGACAGAGUGAGAAAAACAGAGACUGUUCGUAUUCUAGAAAAUUUCAUACCAUGAUAACGUGUUGUAUGUUAGGGGUGUAUCAGGCCAUGUCUUUUGUAAUAAUUGAAUCCUGUUUUCUCUUGAUCCGUAGCUGUACUCCGUUGUGCUCAACAAAGGUCAACAUUGACCAAAAGCUACAACUGAAGGGAACCUGUGUGAUUUGUUUUGGGACACUGUCGUUCGAAUGGAAGCUUUUUCGUCACCCCCCGUCUCCCAAGAUAAUAGACCCAACAGACACGAAAAAAAUGAAAAAAUUCGAAGUUCUAAAUCUCGACCAAAUCACAACUACAUCAAUUACAUCACUAGAUCUGGCAGUGAAACCAGACAAGAUGGCUAGAGAUACUUAUUAUACUGCUUUAUUCAGGGCAAUACGACCAAGCGGACAAUAUGGCGAAUACUUUCACACUUUUCUCACCAACUCUCCACCUGAAAACGGUAAGAUUUUACCAAAAUUUGUCUCUAAUUUAAUUAUGUCCGCACGACAGUGUACGCCCAAAAAAACCUGACUUUUUUCAAUUUUAUGAAUUUAGACCACUUCUCGUAAAAUAAUUGUUGUUCUCACUAUGAUAAGAAGAAUUAUUAACCCAUUCGCCCAUGAGCCGCCUGUAACCGCCCGUACGGAUCCACGUCCUUUCUAACCUUUGUGACGUCAUCAGUUUUAACGGUCAAGGACAACUUUGUCCACUACCUUGUGCAGAGUGAAGAGAUCUUUCAAUCCAUACCGGAAUGAGCACAAUUCAGUCAAGGACACCGGAGAAAGAAGUAAAAAACCAUGUGACAUUGACCUGAAAAUCUCCAUGAAAAUCUUGUUCCAUUGCUCACCUACCUUUCGUUUCACCUAAUCCUAAGAUCCUAAAAGCUUUCCUAAAAACUCUUCCCACCAAAACGAGGCCUACUAAAUGCCCAGCAAGAGAAAAAAAAAUGAGGCAAGAAAAGCGAAAAAAGAGGGCAGGAGAGAAAGCGAAAAGUAAAAGUCAAGACUGCUGUGUCACUUUUAAACCCAAUAACUCGAAAUUUUGCUUUCUGUGCAUGCUCGAACUUCGCAAGCUGAUAUUUUGCAUCUGGAUCACGAGGCCGCGAAGUGUACGACCAGUAAACCGGUUUGUGGUACGUUUUAGCUCUUUAUAGCACGACAGUGGCCAUAAAACCACUCGGCUAGCUUCAAAACACGUUUUUCGGCAAAAUCUCUCGGAACGAAUGGGUUAAAGCCGAGGAGGUCUGUCAUAGCUGUCCAGAAAUGCCCCUAACUUUGACCUUACUUAAGGAAUUUAUGUUUGGGCUAUAAAGGAAACUUCGCGUUUCCUAUCAUAAAAAGUAUGAAUCUCAUUACUGUGCUUUUCCGGACGUAAUAUAACUGUCAUAUAGCUGCAGAAGGCAGUAAACCGAAGCAAUGGGAUUUUUGCCGGCAUGUAACUAAAGGGGCCGUUGAGCUGCGUUUCGAUCACCGUGAUUGCUGGGUCAAACCUGAGCUGAAAUUUUAGCAAAUUGUUUCCAAAUACGUCAGAGGUGACUCAAAAAGCCUGCGAAUACAGCAGUUUCUCCUUGAUCCUCGUCGUUAGGCGAAACGUCCGUAGCGGCCAGGAGCAAGGAGAAACGGCUGUAUUCGCAGGCUAUGACUCAAAUGGUUGUUCUCUUUACUAGAAGCCUCUUUGGUUAAUUUGGAGCUGUCCUAAAAACUAUUAAUCUGUUCAAAUAUCCUAGGGGAACUUUGAUGAUCUCGAAAGUUUUAGGCGGCUUUUUCGUCUCAUCGCAUCCGAAACUGUUAGCAACCCUGAUGGAUACGGUCGAAAAAUGGAGGAUACUGAGUAGCCGUACUUUCGUUACAAGAUUCAAGGGGAAGUUUUUUCUCUUCACCGAAUUUUUCAAGAGACCCGUUUUUAUCAAUAAUCACAAUAUCAUAAUGAUAAAUUGUGAAAAACCUCUAUCUCCCAAAAUCUUAGACGAAUGGGAAGAUUUUCCAGAAAUUUUUAGCCUUUCUCCCACUACACUUCAUGUCUCAGUUCUUUAUGAUUGAUUUUCCUUCAGGCACUUGCACUGUCACGCCAAAGAAUGGAGUAGCCAUGAACACCUCAUUUAAGAUAAGCUGCUCAGACUGGGCCGAUCCUGAUCGUCCUUUGACCUAUGAGUUCGCUUACUUGACUGAUUUCCAGCCAUCCGUCUUGUACGUAUCUAAAGAUUCCACUGCAUCUUCAAUACUUCUUCCCAUGGGCCACGAAAGCAACGAUUUCAAGCUCACCUUGCGCAUGCGCAUAAUCGAUCACCUCGGCGCUGCUACAGCAGUUUUUCGCGAUCUUAAGGUGAGGAGAAAAUUCGGCGGUGAAGGGUUAGAAUGUAUAAGGUGUUUUUGUGCAUUGAUAUGAAAACAUGAAGAUGGAAUUAAAAAGUGUUUGAAAAAAGGGAACGAUUGUAGAGGGAGCUUUCUAGUUAGCAACAAGGUGCUAAUUAAGGUAGGCAUUACCAAGAAGAUGUUAAGGAAGGAAUAUUACAUUUUGAGAAUAGGAAGAAAGAAAAGAGGGAGGAUGGAGAGAGAACGAGGGUAGAAGGGAGGAAGGAUGAAAGGAUGGAAGGGAAAAAGAAGGGAGAGAAUAAAACAAGAAGAGAGGAAAGGAAAAGAGGGGAAGAGGGAAUUAAGCAGGGAAAAAAAUGAGGAAUGGGGAAUGAACAAAUUGGCGUGAAGGAGGAGAAGAGAGAUAGGAUGGUGUUCGAAAAUGAAAAGAAGGUUGGUUUGUAGCUGCUCAAGGUAAUUAAAUAUUGUAUUAAACAUCGCUGAUUUUAAGGUAGGUAUUUUUUCACAUCCCUAUAAAGGUAACCGUUCCACCGCUUGAUGAGAAAGGUCUUGCACAUUUCAUAAGUAACGACGACGGACUUUUGAAAGAGGCAAUUAAGAAAGGAGACUUGCAAAAAGUAGUAGAGAUCGCCAGUUCUCUCUCUUCGAUUUUAAACUUCAUGAGCAGGCAAGAUAAACCAGGCAGGAGUCAAAACGAGACGGAAGCUGUGGCAAUAACGAAAGGAAAAAGGAAAGAGGUAAGGACGGCUUUUAUUGUUUAUAGUUUGCACACAAGAAUUUUCAAAAUCCCUGCAAAAAAAAAGCCGGGUUUAGCAAUCAUAGCUACUUUAUGGAAACAACUCGGCUGCAAUUAUCGCGAUCGUAAAGCGACAGCAGUCUCCACGAUAGACUCUCCUUGCCGCGAUAAAUAGGGGAUGAAUUCCGCUUCCUUUUUCAGGUUCAAAAAAGAUUGAACCCACUUUCAGACUGACAUGAGGUGAUGCACUACUACUAACACUUAGAGUUCAGUUUUUGCUCUAUAAUGCCAAUUAUAAUUGAGAAAGAUAUUAAACACUCAAUGACUGUUCUUGCGGAAAUCAGUUCGUUUUGCUUCCCAAGAUCAUAUCGGGUCAACAAACUCCGUUGAUUUGUCCGCAAGAGUUUCCUAAAGCUCUUUCGUAUUGAUACAAAAUAUCAACUUGACUUAAUAUUGACUUCACUCAAUGUAUUCAGCAUUGUAAGGCUCCCAAAGCAUUACUAAACCUCGAUACAGCUAGGCAUCCCCUAACAACCGACCAUCCUCCUUCAAUUCUGCCGACCCCCAGGGGUCAUAGUAACGACUAAGUGACCUAAUGUAAUCUUUAACUAAUUAAUGGAGCUGAAUUAUAUGAAAGAAGAUCAUCGCAGUUAUAGACGCACCUUUUGCAGUUGCAAAUAGAAAGCCUGAAAAGAAUUAUUAUGAAUUCUUUUUUCAGGCUUUCUUUUCGCAACUGCAAAAGUUACGUCUAUAACUGCCAUGAUCUUCUUUCAUAUAAUUCUUCACCCCGAAGUUCUCAUACAUGAUUUUCAUAUAUUCAUAACUUAAUGAGCUGAAGAAAUUAUCGACAGAGAAAGCUGUGUGAGGGAGUUUUCUUUCAAUAGUUUUAAAGAGUUGCUCUUCUUUUCCAGUUUCGCAAAGAAAUCAUCAAAAAUGUGGCUAAAUUUGAAGUUUCCAAUGUGGACCAGAUCAAGCUUGUGGGCUCAGCGUUAGAUAGCUUGACUCAACAGCCGGGCGAAAUCGAUACACAGGCAGGGGUAAGAGGAUCAAAGGGUACCCAGUAAAACUGCGUGAUCGUGAACACUAUUAGUGAAAAACCGCUGUCAAGUAUAAACAAGAGAGGAUGGUAGACCCCUUGGUAUUCUCCCUAUAGUAUCCUUUCUUGGUAAAAACCUGAACGAUGAAACCACAGUUAAUAAAGUGCAUUGGUUAUUAAGCCUGUUUACGUUUUUGUUGAAGGGGCUUUGUCAUGCUAUUAGCCAUAUUUUCGAACAUUCGCAUCAAUUGAAUUUCAAAAGUAAUUGUCCCGUUCCAUUAUUUAAGACUAUAUUAUUUAGGUGUUGAAACUGUUGCCUGUUGUCUGUUCCUACGGAUUGUAAGGAUGAACAUGGAUUGAAACGUGAAAAAACAAUACCUUUUUUUUCAAGUGUUCAUGUUAUGACGACACAAAUUACAGCCAAAAAAAUAUUACCGUUAAAGCCGCUCUCUGAUAUCUUUUUAGUAUCUCUGCAGGAACAUUAUGCGUAAGUAUUAAGGCAUUUAGAAGUGACUUAAGGUCACAACUGACGUAAAACAGUAAUAUCAAAGUGACAUGUAGACCCUUCAAGUUAGCUUUAUUGGACUUGACCAUGCACAACGUUCAGCGGCAUUCCUAUCUUUUUUAACCAACUGACCAAUAGAAACGUUGCGUUAAUUCAUUCCGUCUCAAGUUGGCCACCAUCAGGCAGUUCCCAACAUCAACUGCAGAACCAUUGUUUUCACCUUAGAUUUUUGCCGACUUUCAUAACCACUCUCUACUACUAUGAUGACACCUAAUAGAAAUACUUGGUGUAAGUUGUAUCAGCUUACAGGGGAGUAGCUCCUGUUGGCUAAUACGAUUUCUGAAAAAGUAUCUCUCUUAUCGGAUCACAUUCAGAGAUAGCAAAUUCGACAUUCUUAAGUAGGUACUACCUAAGAAUGUCGAAUUUACUAUCUCUGAAUGUGACCCCGAAAAGAGAGAUACUUUUUCAGAAAUCGUUUCAAAUGUUGGAAUCCUUGCAAAGGAUGUAUGUCUAAUGAGCGUUUUUGCCACCCAACAAUUCUGCAAUUUUAAGAGCUAAUGUAUUCUUGAUUGUUGCUUGCAAAAGCUUCAAACUUACUGUAUAGAUUACUCAGAGCUAACCAGCUAUAGUAAAAUUUUAAUUACAACUUUAAAUUUAAUUGUUGCGUUAACAAUUGUGUGAAUGAGCCAUAUAAAAUGUGAUAGUGUUGUCACGAUGAAUCCGCCCUGUAAAAGAGUUAACGCAGUCACUCAGAAAACCUUUCGUUCACAGCACAGGUGCGCAUGCUCCCAGUAACGUCUAUCGGUCACUGACCAAUACAAACGUAUCUUGAAGGGUCUUAAUUUUCCAUAUGACAAGUUUGUUUGAACGGAGUGUGUACUUUUAAACAUUAAUUUUAACGCGUUUCUUUUAAAAUUUAAAAGUAAAUAAGCAAUUAGCCAGUUUAAGAGGAGAAACCACUCGGAAGCAUUCUCACGUGGUUUAGAACUUCCAUUCUAUAUUUAAAUCACCUGAGAACAUGCUUUCCAAGGUAUGAUCUUCCUCUAAUCACUUAGAAUUAAAACCCCCUACCUGAUUAGUCUAUAAUUUUGUUAUAUGCAUUCAUUGUAAUGUGUGUGUGUGUGUGGGUUUUUUGUCUUUUUAACAGGAAACGGUUUUGUCGGUGAUCGACCAGAUGACCUCAGUAAUAGCUUCAUCCCCAGAGGAAAACGUGGUUUUCGCUAAAAUCCAAGAAGGAAUCGCUGCUGUUGUUAGUGUCAUAGGAAACUUAGCGGCUUCGUCAUCUUUACUGGCGAAAUAUGACGCUAAUAACACGAACGAGAAUAUAACUGGUUACACCGGAAAUUCAAGAGAUGAUGGAAUUGUUUCUAGCAAGGAGAUUGUAAGUAACACAUUCAAUUAAGGCGUUGCUUUCAAGUAAAAGUGAUUCGCUCUGUCGAAGGGCUAGCCCCAAAAACGUUAGCUUUCCAAACGAAAGCCAAACUGGAUCGGCGGAUUACCCGAGGUCCCUUCUGACCACCCAACCGCCCGACCACCCGAUCGCGUGACCAUCCAACCACUCAACCACCCGGGACCAUCUGACCACCUGCCUAACUGGCCACCUGACCGCCCGCCCACCGACCAUCCGACCGUCCGACUAUCCGGCCGUCCGACCAACCGCCCAGAGACCAUCCAACCGUCCGACCAUCCGAUCAUCUGGCCAUCCGACCACCGACCAUCUGACCGUCCGAUUAUCCGACCAACCGAUCGUACGACCACUCGACCAUCUGAACACCUGACUCCCUCUUUAUUAUGAGCUUUUAGCUGUGCGUAUAUCAAGUUAUAAAUGCGCUUAGAAGUUUUGAGAGUUGCAACAGGUUUUCACGUAAAUCCAUCGGAUAGUUUUAUUAUUUUGAAAUGCCUCAUAAGUAAACAGCAAAACUAAGAAAUUACAUAUACAACUUUUGAUUAAGACCCCAUAAUAACUUCAUAUGAUACGAAAUCAGUGUUGACUAAAAACUGAUGAUAGAAACGCCUUUUGUUGACAAAAUUAUCGCCCCAUGAAAAAUAUAGGUGAUUUCUGCAAAAUUAUCGCCCCAUAAAAAAUAUAGGUGAUUUCUGCAGCAUUGUGAGACACCUUAAAAAUAUACUUGAAAAACUAAGAGGUGAGCAGUUUUUUUAAAUUCGUAAUCCAGUUUACUUAGAUAUCGAUCAGCUCGAAGUGAACUUAUGUCCCGAGUGAAAUGUUUCUUUUUCUGUACAUAUUUACGAGACCCUCAUUCCAAUAAGAGCAAUCUUUUUCCUUUUUAGGCCAGAAAUCGCACUUUGAAAUGUUUCGGGGCUCGUGACACGCUAGCCAACGCUGUUUUGGGAUAUCUCAUUUCUGGAGACGAGCCAGUCGAAUUCAACUCUCUCUUCUUAAAUUUGACUGUAAGGAAACUGCUUUUGGAGGACUUGGGUGGCUCGGGUGUUUCAAAUAGCGAAACCAGAUUUAGUUUACCGUCGCUUGAGGAAAUGAAUAUGACGUACGGAACCAAUGGAACAGAAAAAUACUCUAGUGUUGGUGCACAGGUACGUGUAAGCCUUUUGACGAGAAUAUAAUACUUGUAGAGGGUCUCAAUGGGGUUUACUCCCAGGGGGGGGAUGGGUACUGCCAUAUAUGGGGUAUAUAGGUAUGUGCCGCUGUGAAGGGUAUGGUUUUCAAGCAGUUUACUCUAGGAUAGGGUAUGUAAAUCAGAGCGUUUGGGUCUAGAAUAGGGUAUCAUUUUUCAGGAAACUAACCAGUUGGUAGAAGACUUUAUCGAGGCUAGGGAUUGUGGUAUAAGGUUUUGUUUUGGCUAGACUACUGUGCUAGUGACCUAACAGCUACUCUAGGACAGGGGGGAUUUGGGGAGUUUACUCUAGUAUGAGGUAACAAAAUCCAUCAGCUGAACUAGCUCUGGUAUAGGUUCCAGGGUCCCAGCGGCACAUCCCCACCCAGAAAUUCCUAAAGUACGCCCCCCCUCCGGUUUACUCUCAGCCGUCAAGUAACCGUCAACCGUCAAAAAGGCAAGUUAAGAUUAACCGCCAAUACAUUGACACUAGAAUAAAGUCAUUAUUAUUAUUAUUAUUAUUAUUAUUAUUAUUAUUUGAAAUCUCACUAUUUCAGCUGAUCUUAACGCAAUUUCAGCUCCUAAAGAGUUUCAAAACUGGAAAAACCAGUUCCCAUGUUUUCAAAAACACUGUUUCUAGCCAUUACAAUACCUUACAACCUGCUUAUGUCUGAGAACAUUUAGAAAUUUUAUAACCUUCGUUCGAUAUAUUAAAAUUCUAACAACUCUGAGACUUUCUGGUCAUUUUUCUAUGGUUUUCUUUGUGCUCAAUUCCCUUCUGGGAAUUGCCAGGCAAUGGAGUCGUGAAAAAUUGGCAACUUUGACCCUAAAGCCUCGGAGUUAUGUUAGAAUUUUAAUAUAUCGAACGUAGGCUAUUAAGUAAUUAUAUUUGUGCAAUUUUCAGCUCUUUGCGAGCAAUAACCAAAAAAUAACAAAAAUAAAACGCAUAUGUUCAUGAGGCAAAAAAAAAUGUAAAAAAAGAUUCGCUUAUAACUAUUUCAAAAACUGAGUAAUUUUCAGUAUUCGCUUUAGCCGCGGCAGAAUAUAUUACUUCAGUCGGUAGAGCGCUUGUCUGCAGCUGAGGGGGAGAUCGCCAACCUCGUCCCCAGGGCGCUUUUCCCGGCCUCCAAAGCCAGAGAAAAGCGCCCAAGGGACGAGGUUGGCCAAUAAUGUAAACGAAGGGUUUUGUUGAAAAUGUAGAAUUUUUAAUGAUUUGUCUCGUAAGUCUAAUUGCGGCCCAUUUGUUUAAGUAAUGCAACGGAAUGAGAAGGGGUGUAGAUAGCUUUCAGCUCACAGAUAACUCACUUUCAGCUCAGUUUUCUUUUGCCUUGCUUCAUGUAAGAAUCAUAUUGUGUCUUUGGCAAGAAAGCUGGAGUUAACAUAGUUAACUAACAAAGAUGAUUGCUCUUUCUUAGAUGAGUUCAUCUCCUGAAAACACACUUACUUGGUCGAAUAGCAGCAAACACGUCAAGUCAUUUUUAGUGGGGCUUAUUCUAAGGGACGAAAAUGGAAAUCCGCUGAACACUUCCAGUUUUACCGGGGAUGUCGGCAUUUACAUCCCACGCAACGCUAGCCAGAUACCAAAACAAGAAGAGUUCCACGUCAUUCCUUUAGGAGACAACCAGUUUAUCCAAUAUCAUACACUGGACGUAAAUUCUGCAAAUUAUUCUGUUCAUAUUCAAGUGAUCCCGCUGAAUAGUUCUAAUGAAAUGUCUGUCUUUUUGCGGUAUAACGAAAGACCAAAUACUGAAAAAUUUGAUUAUAACUGGACAAUUCCAAACUUCAGUAACUGUUCCUUCAGGAACGUGUCCAGGAAUGUUUCUUCUUCGUUGAAUUCUACAGAAGGAUCGCUGAAUUCUACGGAGGGCUCUUCUGAUGUGAACAGUGCAGGGAACUUAAACGCGACAAAUUCUACGGAAACUGAGUAUCAUGUUGAGAUCGACGUUGUGAGAGAUUGUGUCAUAGAUCCGUACACCGUCUCCAUAAGUAAUAGCUUGGUGACUAAAACGGGAAAAUAUUACAUUGGUAGGUCUUGCAAGUGCUUAUUUAUAACGUCUAUUGAUAGCUAGAAGUAAUACGCUCUUCCUCCCCCCCCCCCCCCCCAAAAAAAAAAGAACUGAUGCUCUCGGGGAGCAAUGGAGGUGCAGGUCUUAAGAACACUCGCCGUCUCCCUCCCCUAACCCCACCAACCCCACCCAGGUGGAGAGCGAGUGGCUCGGGCUUAAUUUCCAGCGUCAACACUACAUGUGUUUUGACUUGUUUGCUGGUACUUGUUCUUGUUCUUGUUCUUUUUUUUUUUUUUCUUUUUUUUCCCCGAGGGCAAAAAACUAAAAUGAAACCCUGGAACGAUACUGUCGAUAAGUUAACAUAUUUAUCUUACCGGGCAUAACGUUUGAUUCAUUUUUGUAUUGUAAUUUAGAUCUUAAUUGAACUUGAGGCUUUUUAACUGAAAUUGAACGUUUAAUGUAAUUUUAAGUUCAUAAUUUAAAGUCUAUGGAAGCCGAUUUACGGCCGUUUCUCCUACAAGUCGUUUCGCCAACGUCCCGUUCGCAAACGAUGUAUUGUAUUGGACUCUUAUGUGUCAUAGCUGAAAGAACGAGGUAUAUAUUACAUUUGUAGCGCUUGCUUUGUUUCGUGAGCGAAACGACUUAAGUCGUUAGCGAACGGGACGUUAGCGAAACGACCGAUCACCAUGUAUGCCAGAUGAGCUGAACAAGCCACUCUGUAUUGAUAAAGUUUUACUUAACUUCAUCUCACACUUUAUGUCUUGAAAAUUCCAGGUAUUUAUUACAAAAUACAAGAUCCGGAGACUCUAACAGAACCGGACGUGCAAGCAACAAGUCCUUCGCCCGCCGCUGAGCGUAAGCGUAGAGGUCUUCCUUUAGAAUGUAGCAGCAGCAGUUCCCAUGGUCGAAUGAAGCGUUCAUGCGUGAUCAUCCCACCUCCGCCUCCAACACCCACCACACCUUCAAAAGAAGGCACCAAAGCUCCUAAUGUGGACUUUCAAGGCAACACCUUCAACCCCAAUGACACCGAACGCUAUCUCUUGAGAGUUUUCUCAUCAAACUGCUUAUUUUGGGAUGAAGUAAACGAGAAUUGGAUCAACACUGGGUGCAAGGCGAGUGACUUUGCUGCUGGUAUUAUAAUGUGUUAAUAUCUGUUCAAAAAAAGUUCAAUAAUUGCCUUUGUAGUGCCACUGUAUUUGCGAUUGCUAUGUUUUUUGGUGUCGUGAUAGGGGUGAUCUCGCCCUUGAUGUAGCACACGUCUUCACUGAUUUUGAUUUUGCUGGUGCUCAACUUGAUGUCUUUUCUGGGUUUUAAAUGCCACUGAUCUUGCUGCUGCUGUACAGUAGUCACUGUCCUAACCUGUUUUGUGUUUUCCAGUUGUUACUUGUUCUUAUUUUAGGUGAGUCCUUUUCAGACCUGUGUAUUUGACUCCGCUUUGUCGACCCCUUUCUUGGGAAUUCCAUGUAAAUGGAGGGUAUCAGACACUUACUAGGGACCUUAAGAUCCCAGGACGGUGACGGCAGAGAAAACGUCGCUGAAAAAGUGAAUUCGCGUUCUUUCAAUCUUCACUACUCACUACUCCAAGUCACUAACUUUAGGUGAACCCUCCUAAAGUUAAAUCCCUAACAACCAUAUACAAGUUCAGAAAGAGAGAGGAGAUUUCGUCGUCGCUUGUGUAAUUCCUCUGUAAAACGUGAAAUCAGGCAUUUUCAGGUCGUAGUCGUGCAGCGACGGGAAAGAAAUGUACAAAAAACCGUGAUGCACGUGCAAAGUUGUUAUUUUGGUUAUUAAACCGAUUGCUUUUUUGACGUUCUCGUUGCCGUCGCCGUCGUCGGAUCUUAAGGCCCCUAUUAUCUCUUUUAGGGGUGUAUACUGCACACUUUGGUAUUACUUAUACAGAUUUAGGGGCUCUAAGGGAACGGAACACCAGUAUCUUUUACCCAUGCAUGUACGUAUCGCUUGAUCAGAGUGGUCAAGACAAAGUACAAAUCACAUCGAUUGCAGCAUUUACCAUUCGUCUUUACUGCAGUGAAAUUAACUUAGCUUUUGAUACUCUUGUGUAAUCUAAUGAAGAUGGAGCCACACGGGGACUGGUCAUCAUUAGAGGUUUCAAUUUUAAUUCUAUCUCCGACCAGCAUCUUCGCUUCUUUCACAUGGGAUGGAAUCCCCACAGGGUUAUUAUUUGAUUAUUGUUGUCUUUUAAUGCAACAGUACUUUAUUCCACAGGUCGGAGAACAAACCAAACCCGAGCUUAUCCAUUGCAAAUGUAAUCAUCUAACUUCAUUUGCCAGCGACUUUCUGGUGGCACCAAAUCCAAUCGAUUUUGACAAAGUAUUUUCAGCCGAUCUGAGCGAGAACUUUGUGGUUCUGUUGGUCGUGUGCUUAAUCUUUGGAUUAUACAUACUGCUGGUUGUUAUUGCCAGGAGAUUUGACAAAAAAGACCUCGAGAAGGUAGGAUUUGCUGCAAUUUCCCCUGCCAGGAGGUCACAAUUAUAGAUGGGUUAAACAUUCACUUUCACGGCAAACACCAUAAGGUAGAGUUUACCUUAAACUGCUUAAACGAGCUGCAUCCUCAAAUUUAGCCCAAUUCCGCACGCAAACUGGUCAAGUAACCUGGAUCGUUUGAAAUAUAUAAUCAGAUCGGUUAUUUUCGCUAUCGGACGGGGAUGGGUUGGGGAGGUGGGGGGGCUUCAAAGGCCCACGACCUGGAAUUGUAAAACCGCCUAAUAGUAUGAUAAACGAAUGUACGGUCUCCAAAUUACAUAAGAUAUUGUACGCGUGCACAAUCGGCUCCCGGUACGCGUCAUUUUUAGUGUAGGGGGUGGGGUGAGGCAAGAACUGAACCUCAAACAUUUUUUGGUAAACGAAUCUUAACUUGUGCUUUUCCCGCGCAGUCAAAAACCACCCUACUUUUGUAUAUGUAGGCACAUUCAAUUUAUGCUGACGACAUUUAAUCAAUUCUGCAGACUGGGGCUACCGCGGUAAGCAAAAGAGGUGAAGCCACGUUUCCAUACCUUAUAAGCGUUCGCACUGGAGUGAGGCAGAACGCAGGGACCACCAGCAGUGUAUUUAUAGUGCUCUCAGGUGACGAGUGGGAAAGCCCCCCAAUGCCGCUGGUGGACUAUAACCGGAAAGUGUUCCAAAGGGGACAGGAGAAUAACUUCGUGGUGACACUGCCCAGACGACUUGGUAACUUAAAUCAUAUCAGGAUAUGGCACGAUAACUUAGGUAUUACGGCAUUACAGUGUAUUUAUACAGUGAACCCUUUCUUAACGGACACCUCCAGUGUAAAACGGACACCUAGAGUUGGUCCCCGCCUUUCUUUACCCCCUUUAUUUAACUCUCUAUCAGACGGACAUCUCUCUAAGACGGACACUAAGUGCCCAUCCCAAAGGUGUCCAUCUUAAAGAGAGUUGACGGUAUUCUCCUUAAUACCUUUAACUUAUCAGCUCUUCCCAACCCAUUUUUUUAUCUGAAAACAAGAAAUGAGAUAAGUCGUCUGAAUCAUCCACUGUCUAUAAUUGAGCAAAACGUUUUAAAAAACACACUUAAAUACCAAACAGUCAGUCAUAAUGUUGAAAUAACCCAAGCAUACAACAUGUCAAUCCUGGUUCGGCGAGGACGAAAAUGUUUCUUAACCUUAAAAUUUAGCGAAAGAGAGUCCCAACGGUAUAUUUAUUAAUCUCCUUCAAUUCUGUGACCAACGUAUAGGAAACAAUCCUUCCUGGUAUCUUAGCCGCGUUUCAGUGGAUGAUCUCCGUACAGAAGACCGCUGGUAUUUCAUCUGUGAGCGGUGGCUCGCCGUUGAAGAGGAUGACGGGAGGGUGGAUAGAGUACUUCCGGUUGCCAGCGACAAGGAGUUGACACACUUCCAACAUCUGUUUGUGAGCAAGACAGUUAGAGAACUGGGCGACGGACACCUGUGGUUUUCAGUGGUGACACGUCCUGCCAACAGCCCGUUCACACGAGUUCAGCGGGUUUCUUGUUGUUUGUCUUUACUAUGCCUCACCAUGGUCACGAACGCCAUGUUUUACCAGAUAGGAGGAUCAGCGGAAUCACCAAUGAUGAUAAGAAUUGGAACGUAUGAGUUCGAUCUCAGAGGGUUGAUAAUCGGUAUCCAAGCGAGUCUUAUUGUUUUCCCCGUCAACUUAGCAUUGGUUCAAAUAUUUCGAAGCGUGCGCCCGAAAAAAUCAAAGCAGCAGCCUGAUCUAGAUACCACCGAGGGGACCGAGGGAAGGCGAAACGAGGGAUUUUCAGAUAUUAGCCGGUGCACCUCCAGAGAGUCGCUUUCUGUGGAUUUACCAGAGGUGUAUUCACUCGAGAAAGAUGAACAAGCUGUCAGCAAUAGCAACAAGAAAAAAGACGACAAAACUAAGAAGAAACAGAAUGGCCUUCCGCAUGGCUUUGUUUACGUAGCAUGGGUUCUCUGCUUUCUAUCUUCUGUUACUAGUGCAGCUUUUACUGUCUUCUACUCUCUGGCAUGGGGGCCAGAGAUAGCAAAUGAAUGGCUUAUCGCCUUUGUGACCUCAUUUUCCCAGUCCAUACUAGUCAUACAGCCUUUUAAAGUAGUCUUGGCGGCUCUGUUAUUUGCCAUGAUUAUCCGAAAGCCAAUGGAUUCGGACGACGACGUAUCGCAAAAGAAGAAACUCAAAGGUAGCCGUGAUGGAAGAGAGACUGGAGAUGACAUUGUGCAAGAUUAUGACGACGAUGACGAACAAUACGGGUAAGUACUGGUUUGUGAACAGUGAAAUACGUUAUUAAAGAAAAUGCUUUAUCCGAGAAAUCCAAGCAGCUCUUCAAUUAUGACUAUAUCAAGUGAUCCAGGAUCAUUAACGGAAAUGACGAAAUUUUGUUAUAUACGUGGUAUAACACUUCAUAAAAUAAUGUCAUGUCUUGCAACGUUAAAAUAUUGCAGCAGUAAUUUUUGAAAUCUACUUUUUUCAACACUUAACCUAACGAUAACAUGGCGAGACAUAGUUUUUUACUUUAAAAUGGGCGUUAUACUCGGCAAUUUUUAUUUAAACUUGCAUCUCGACAAGUUGCAAGAGAAAUUCGCGGUGUAACAGGACUCCGCCUCUUAUUUUUCUUACCAAACAGGCCACCAGACGAAGAAUUUCUGAAAUCUGCACGUGAACAAAGACUGAAGGAAGUACGCAUGUCGCAAAUCAUAAAAGAGGUGUUGACGUAUUUUCUUUUCGUCAUAUUUCUUCUCCUGGUUGCCUAUGGCAACAGAGAUCCCUACGCCUACCUUCUGAGGAAGAACCUCCAUGACACAUUUGUAGACUUGGACGAGACAGGGGUUGAUCUUGGUGAUGUAAGUAUAUGGAAUUUAUUCUAGUAAUACCGUAAAAUCUUAAAGCCCAUGUGCAUUUUGCGGUUAGUCUUGCUAAUUCGUCGCCAAAAGCCUCGCAGUUUUGAACAAAAAUCUUCGCAGGUAUCCGUGCAGAGGCUCGUAAGUCUAAGCUUCCAUUUAGACCCAUUUUACAUAGAAGCCACAGGCUACAAUUUUAAAGAUUUCAUUUAAAACUUAGAAUUCAGACGUCAAAUAAAACAAGCUCGUACGAGCAAUCAAAAUCCUUCAGAUCCCUUGCUUUUUCAUUGUAAAUACAUAACUGUAGAUAUACGGCAUAAAUACGGUAGUUUAGCACUGCUUUAUUGACGUAUCAUCGGUAUAAAAGCAUUUGAAGGAAAAAGUAACUUAAAAUAGGAUUUGUAGUUGUUCAGAUAUGAUUGUAGUUAUUUUGACACGAGUCAUGUAUAUUUAUGUAAGCAGUAGACAGUAACAAUAUUGUCCUAGGGAAGAAUAUUGGUAUUUUUGUAGGGAAAACAGUGAGAAAAGGGAGUUUUUUUUAAAUGCCACGUAUUGUUUCUUUUUUAAGGCAAGUGACGUGGAUCUGUUUUUUCACUGGGGUCGAGAGACACUGGUGCCGAACUUAUACCCGGGGGUGCUAUACAAUAACAAAUCGGAUAAAUACACGGGGUUUAUUGACGACCGGAACAACUAUUUGGUUGGCAUCUCCAGAUUCAGACAAGCGCGAGUGCAAAAAGGUAUGAAAAAGAUUCAAAUGAAAAUUAAAGAUAAACUAGAGGUAAUGGAAUUAAGUUAAGAGAAGUCCAUUUGACGCAUAGACAGAUAACAAGGACCAAAAUACAUGCAGGUAAUGGCAGUUAUGUCAUGCGCCCCUUAAAAAUCUUCUGGGGGCGCAAAAUCAGUGUCCACGAUUGUGUGGAAGGACUCAACGUAGAACUUCGCGAUUAUCUCUGCAAAACGUGAUUACCAGAAAAAAAAAAAACUAGAAGGCCCACAAUAUAGUUUUGUUGAAAUAGAACCAGUACGUUUGAAAUGAACAUGAUUCUUUUUUGUUUUUGUUAUCAUUUUAAAGGACGAUAGGUUUUAAAUUGCCGUCCCACAAAAGUCGGCGAUUAUGACCUCAAUCUUUGGCUCACUAUAGUUGCUAGGGCUGCUGCGGUGUCCAGGGCGCCACUUCUACUGUUUAUUUUUUUUGUGUUUUAGACAAAUACAAUAGUAUGUUCUCCAAGAUUUAAACUAUAGAACUUAGCAGUCUCCUAUUAAACGUACUAAUGGACCUACACUAAUAGUAUGGUUUUACAUUGAGUACUGAUUUGAUAGAAACUAAUGGCAUGCAGGAAAAGAUGCUUACAUUCAUACCUUAUAGGUAGAUAAUUUAUAUAUUAGGUACCGCAAACCGCAUCUGGUUGACUGUUUACAUCCGUCUUUAUUUUGACUAGUGAAACUAAAACCCAGUUAACCAGGGUCAGGACAAAUUUUUGAACAGACAAAGACUUGCACGGAUCCGCCCUUCGUUUACAUGGGAGCUGCGGAACCUGGCAACUUUUUUAACGGCAAAGACCCCCAUUUACACGGGUCCGGACAAAUUUUUGAACGGAGCAAAACUUGCACGCAUCCGCCUUUUGUUUACACGGUAUCCACGGAACUGGGCAAGUUUUUAAACCCCAAAGUGCGCAAGUUCUUUAGCUGAUCAGAAGUAGGUCAGAAUUUUUGACCGGUACUGUUCCACUUUUAAGCGGACUCGUGUUAACUUCUAACCGUGCCAGUUUUUGCAUAGUUUGCGACGUAAAAGCGUAAAGCCAGGUUACGCGGCUUUGGUAAAAAAAAAGCCACUCCAAUGCUGACACCUGCAAAAAAUUGGUAAGGACUAGUGUAAACAGCACUACAUGUAACAGAAUUUCCCCGGUUCCAGGUAAAGCUAAAACGGGUUACAUAGGUAAAAAAUUCGUCCGUUCAAAAAUUUGUCACGUUCGGGCCCUUGUAAACAGGUGGGGUCUAUUAAGAGAAUUUAUCUUUUGAUAAAACAUUAAAGCUGCACUCUUCCCAUUUCGGUUCCUUUUACAGAUUCCUGUGUCGUUGUAGACGAUUUUAAGCCCUAUUUCAACGACUGCUUAGCUGAAUAUUCUGUACUGAAAGAAGACAAGGGAGACUAUGAUGUGGGAUGGGCUUAUCUGAACAAAACUCAUGCAACAACUGCUCGCCGCAGGAGGAGUAUUGAAGAACAGUUCGCCUUCAGGGACAUAGGAAAAGAGACACUCGCAGAAUAUGGUGAUUCGUCUCGUGUUCGUUUACGUCGUGCAAUCGAGCCCGUGUACACAUCUACUUCAGGUCGUCAACAGAGAAAACGAAAACGACCCGGAAAUACAGUAAAAACUUAUUUCGUCCUCGAUUCUGCUGUUCUUCCCGAUGGUUCGAUCAUAUCUUGCCCCACCCGAUGGUUGUAUCAUGACACUCUAGAUCUCAAUGGCUACCCCUUCUGGGGCCAUAUGAACCUUUACAGCGGGGGUGGAUACCCCGCGGAUUUAGGAUACGACUACCCCACGGCACUGACCGUAAUUGCGGAUCUGCAUUCCCAUAACUGGAUUGACACGAGAACCCGCGCAGUUUUCGUUGAAUUCACUGUGUACAAUGCUAACGUGAACCUAUUUGGCAUCGCGUUUAUGUUCGUAGAAUUCCUGCCAACGGGCGGUGCCUUUCCUCGAGUCCAUUUUGUCGUCUCACGUCUGUACAGUUAUGUUGGUCCCUACAGCAGUUUCAUUCUGGCCUGUCAGAUUUUUUUGGUUUUCUUCAUGUUUUAUUUCAUGUAUCGCGAAGGUAAAAAGAUGUACAAACAGCGCAAAGCGUACUUUCAUGGAUUCUUUAACUGGAUGGAGGUAAUUUCUUAUAUUUAUUUAUCCAUUCAUUUAUUCAUACCAGUUGUAGGCUAAGUAGCUGGUUGUAUUUCGCGUAUGAGUAGUGCUUUUCAUCUAUGACGGGUGCUUUUUCUCACCAAGCGAUUCCGCCCCCAAUUUAAGACCCGGGGGGGGGGUAAUAUUUAGCAUUCGUCCCUCCGGCCUUUUUCUCUUCACGUUGCAAGGGCGGAUCUAAGGGGAGGGUGCAGGGGGUGCGCACCCCCCCUCCCCCGCGCCGAGAUGACCUGCGGUUUUCUAAUACAACUGGUAUUCUGCAAAAAAAACUAUGUGGUUUAUUGGUGUUGAAGUAGAGCAAGAGACGAGUGCACCCCCUCCUAAAAAAAUCCUGGAUCCGCCCCUGCGUUGUAUAAACAGAUUCUCACGGAAAGAUUUCAAGCCAUUUACCUUUUGUUGGUCGCAACAGCUGCUAAUAUGCAGUGAUUCGUAACAAGGUCAGAUUAGUUUCCUAUUGGAAAAUAGAUUUAAAAACUAAAUUAUUAAUUUAUUAUAUUAUUUAAUAUAUUGGCAUUUCACGUUUUGAGAAAUAUUAUCUCUCUACUAACAGGUGCUACUUAUUGUCUGUGAGUUUGCCAUGGGUAUACUUUAUCUUGCACGCUGGUUACAAGCUGAAGAAAACUUCUUAAAGUUGCGUUACAAUCCCAAGAACUUUGUGAGCUUCCAGUACGCCGGGGCAGCAGACGAGUCCCUUAGUCUGAUCAUGGGGCUGCUUGUGUUCUUGGUUACCCUGCGGUUCAUGAAACUCUUUAGGUUUAACAAGCGUAUGUCACUUCUGGGGUCAACUAUCGCCGAUUUCGCCAAGCCACUUGGAUCUUUUCUAGUGACUUUCAUGCUGGUAUUUCUCGCGUAUGCCAUCUUGGCGUUUCUGUCGUUUAGCAACGAGAACGACAAGUUCAAGAAUUUCCUCACCACGUUUGAAACUCAAACAGCCAUAAUUCUGGGCGACUUUGAUUACAGGAGCAUCGAGAGUACAAACCGUUUGCUGGGGCCCUUCUACUUUUUUACAUUCAUGUACUUCUGCGUUUUCUACCUGCUUAACAUGUUCGUAGCAAUCAUAAACGACUCAUUUGCUGAUGUGAAGGCUUCGAACGAUAAACAGAUGAACGAAUACGAGAUGGUAGAAUUUAUCAUGUCAAAGUUCAGAGGGAACCUGGGUCUCAACAGAAAUCGUAUCGGGUCGGGUGGUAAGUCGAAUGCAUUCCCAACCUCGCCUCCUUUUAAGCCUUCUGAUUACAAGCAUCGUGACAGCGAAGAUUCUCUAUCGGGAUGCUGUGUGUCAAUAGAAUUCGACACCGGCAAACGAAUUCUGCGCACACUCGCUACGUUGAACAAAAACGUGGAUCGGCUGACCAUGCAAUUGGAAAGGUGCAGUGACAACGACGAUGCAGCAGAUAACAUAUUGCUGGACAUGCUUGACACCACGAACGACGAACAGUCUCUCCGACGUUACACUGCGAUGAGUAAGAGAAUAUCUCUCUCAAGCAGCUUUGUGACCACUGUAGAUGCGUAACUAUCUAACGCGGACUACUACACUUUUUUUACACGGCGUUCUAAGGAGCUUUGAUAUUGUUAGACAUUUCGAUCAGUUGAAAACUUGAAAUCCGUACAUAGGGUAUAAGUAUCUUUGUUGCAAACAUGCAUUUCUCUUUCCAAACAUAUAAUCCAAACAUAUGCACGGGGAUUAACGCUCUCCCUCAAAGGGAAUGUACAGUGGAUCGAGUGAGGAAUUCAAUGUCCCUAACCAAUAAUUCACAAAAAAAAACUAACCGACAGUUUAGGGUUGAACAAGUACAGUUCAAUUUCAAGCAAUUACUACAUAAUCUACGCGUAAAAUACCCUCCAACUUAAAAGGGAAGAAAUGCCGUCCGAGCUCGAAAUUUUUAUUUGCAUUCCUUUAUCAGGGUAUGAUUAAUCCUGGUAUAAUUUGCAAUUUGCAUUUAUAUUAUUGUCUUGAUGAGUCCGCUCAAGGCGAAACUCUCGUUGGGACGGCGAAAAGGUGGCCGAAGCCGCUUCACUUCAGUGUAGAAGUACUUAACAAGACGAGUUCUCAGUAUUUCUAGGUGUCGUCCACCAUCUUUGAUUUUGAAUGCAGAGGGGGCCCCCAAAAAAGCACAGUACGAGUGCGCGGCGUCCCAGUUGCUUCACAGAGAACUCGCCAAGGCUGACUGGGAACAAGGCUGAGUCGUACCAUAACCGGUUCCAGGCAUGGAUUAGGCUAGCCGCAGUAGAGGCCAUUUUCUUCGACGACGCUAACAUUUGACUACAACUACCAGAAUUCAUUUCGUUUUUUAUGUCUUAUUUAUAUCCUUUCCACCCCGCUGAGUUUUAAAAUAACAAUUUGCACAAGAAAACAAUAAACUGAAGAAUUUCGAUUGUUGCAGUAAAAUGACGUCAUCGUGCACAUAUAGUGUCCAUUAAAACGAAUAGUUCAGUUCAAGCUCUCCCGAUGGCAGGAGUAGCCUUGGACUGUAGAAGCUGACUCGUCCCCGGUCGUCUUCGUGUAACGCGCGCAGCGGGAGCAAGGUGUGAUGGGAAGGGAAAAGGGAGGAAGACGACGUCUCUCUCCCUCGCUUACGUCCUUCCCAUCACACCCCGCGCGUCAUUAGGUUAGCAUUAGGUAACAUCGGCUGAAGUCAGAUUGUUUCUUUCAGUAAAAUUACAUGAAGAGCAACUUAAGUCCAACUUUACUGUAUAAUAUAAAAUGAAAGAGAAAAAAUCUACUGCAAUGCUUUGAACCCGGGUCUCUUGCUUUAUAGCCUACAUCCAUAUCCACUACACCAUCGAGGACUAGCUGCCAAAUCCAAUAAUUUUUAAAAUAUACCUGUUCUUAUUUAUGUCGUACCCCAUUACAAUAUUUGGAAGCUAACCGUUUUCAGUUCAGCGCUUAACCCUAAUCACUGCAGAUCAGUGCUUAACUCUCUACUGUGUUCUCUCCAUAACUGGCGCUCUGUAGUUUUGGUUUCUACAGCUAUUCUAGCCUCAUUCUACAUUCCAGUCUCGUUCCAUUAUGGAAAUAAUGCGUUGUGUAAAAUUCAUAAGGUGUCCAAUCUGGCUUCACUCGAUGUUAUCUAACGCUAACCGCGUCAUUAGGGAGAGAUAGUGAGAGACGACUGGGGACGAGUCUUCUAUGGAAGAAGGAUAAAUUAGGUAACAAGUAAAAAUGGGCGCUCAUGAGAGUAGCCUGGGUUACCCAGUAGGUUAGCUUUAUAAACCAGUCUGCUAAGAAGGUUAUCUGAAAAAGUAAUGCAGUAUGAACUGUCAACGUCCCGAACAAAAGACUGAAACGGACAAAAAGUUAUAGUGUUCUAAGAUGAAUUGUACAUUAUUAUAACAUAGUCUACUCAUAAUCACUCUCCUAAAAUUUUAUAGGCAAUAUACUCUUUUGUAGGUAGGAUAGUUUUUCCUUUCUGUCGUACGACGUUGCUUUAGUUGGGUACAAAUUGUCGCGUCCUGACUCAUUCAUGCUAGAAUGUUCCCUGAGUAAUGUUUAAGGAGACUGUGGUCUCAAUAUAUGGGUGUUUUGAUUGCAAAAGUCGACUCGUUACUUGCAGGGAUAAUAUAAACGGGCGAGUUUUUCUUUGACUUACGCCAAGACUGCUCCCUUAAACGAAGGACGCAGGGUACCGGACCAUCUUUUUGUAUCAAAAUUAUCUUUGCAUUGUAAUGUAUCGAGGUAACAGUGAAUGUUCACCUUAAGUUUAGCCUACGAGCAAGCUCUCCGGGCGUUCAGCUUGCUUGCAGGCUACCUUGAGUUAGGCAAGUCUAACGCCUUUCUGACCCAAAGAAAAGAAAGCAAGUACUAUAAAUUCACUAAAAAAGUCUAGCUUAUACAUACA